AGGAUUGUGGGGCGCAAGCGCACUGUACGAACUGUUCAUUCACGCGGGUAUUCGGUGCUAACAGGUUAACCUCCGGUAAACCCGUUUAGCCUCCGGUGAGUCUCUGUUAGGCACAAGACUCUUUAAACAUGAAGCCCCGUGGUGUCACAGUGAGCUGCCCGGCGGAGCUGUGACCUGUCCAAAGGGGUGUUGUUACGGUUUGCAGUUUGACUGUUAGCCUGAAGCUAACUUUAGCAUCAGCUGAAGUUACAGACGUCCAGGGCAACGGAGCUUGGAGCUGUGACUGACUACAGAGGAGGAUGACAAUGGCCCCGGUGUCAGACAUGGAGGUGACCUCUGUGUCAGACAAGGAGGAGAGGGUGAGGAGAGGAGGUCCACUGUCUCUGGAUGACUGCCGCUGUCCUGUGUGUCUGGAGAUCCUCAUGGAGCCAGUUACACUUCCCUGUACACACACCUUCUGCAAGGGCUGUUUCCUGGAGACGGUGGACAAAACCACUCUAUGCUGUCCCAUGUGCAGGAAGAGAGUUUCCACCUGGGCCCGACUGAACAGCAGGAACAACACGCUGGUUAACCAGCAGCUGUGGAGGCAGAUCCAGAUCUGCUUCCCUUCACAGUGUGAACGCCGACUCACAGGGCAGGAGGACGAGGGUGACCCGGGAGUCUCAGUGUUUUUUCCCACAGUGAGUCGGCCUGGAGAGCUGAGGCAGGAAUACGAGGACCAGGUCUCUAAACUGACAGAGGAGAAGCGGGUGCUGGACGAGGAGGAGAGGAGGGCCAGUGAGGAGUACAUCCAGAGACUGUUGGCUGAGGAGGAGGAGCUGGUGCAGGAGGAGAGCAGGAGGAGAGAAGACGACGAGAGGCUGGCCAGACUGCUCAACAACCAGCUGAACUCAGCUCCAGUGUCUCAGGAAAACUUUCAUCCUGCUGAAGUGACUCCAGCCAAGAAGAAGAAGGAGGUCGGCGCCGGACAGAUUGAGAAGUUCUUGUGUCCUCUUCCAUCUAGAACAAACUCAGACUGCAGCUCUGCCUCCAGCUUCAGGGCUAACAAGGAGAACAUUCUCCUCCCUCAGGAGGAGCUGCAGCUCCCUAAACUCGAUUAUUAUGGCGCUCUGACAAACAGGUCAGAGCCUCCAGUGCUCCAUCUGGACUCUGUGGAGGAUCAGACUCCCAGCAGUCAGCUGAUGGGAGACGGAAGACCUUUAUCAAUCAAGAGGAAGAGCUCUGUGCUGGAGAAAACAGAGGAGGGGGUUAUGAUCACCAAACACUGUCACUGUCACUCGCUACCUUCCUCCUCCUCUUCCUCCUCUCUGGAGGAGGAGGGGUUGCCCCUGCAGAGAAGGGCUGAGUGGGAGACGGAGCAGCUGAGCAGACGGCAACAGGAGGAGGAGGACCGGCGACUUGCUCUGCUCCUGCAGAAGGAGCUAGACCAGGAGGAGAAACAGAGAGCCACCGACAGACGCAAAGGAACUGCAGAUGCCUACCAGCUCCGCCAGAACCGACGAGGGAAGGUGGGGGCCAGCACCAACACCCCCAGCAGACCCUCCAGGAAGUCUUCAAAGUCCUCCACCACCUCCAGCUCCUCACCCUCUUUAAAGACUACAAAGACUCCCUCACCCUCCUCCAGCUCCACCAGCAGAGGCAGUAAACAGACUACCCUGACUGAGAUGUUCUCCAGCCUAAGUAGCUGAACCCUUACUCUCCUUCUGUACUGUGACCUGGUGUGUCUCUACCACCACUGAACAGUCCAGACCUCCUCCUGCUGGUCUCAGUCUCUGUUUAACCGCCUCACUUAUUCUUCUUUUCUUAGAAAGCUUUAGAAAAUAUUAACUGUUAAGUGCCGACAGAAAUUUGUCAUCUUCAACCCUGCUUUCAUUUGACUUUGUUUGGAGACACUACAUGGCCAAAAGUAUGUGGGCAGUCCAUUACUGGUUAUUCACUUGGUUAUAAACUGUCAAACCAAAAACAAAUCAGAAGACCAACAUGAUGUCCAACAUCUCAUUUUGUUCGACCAGUUUUCCAAGACAUAAAGGCCAUCCAUUAACCUGAUCUCACAGCCUCCACCUGGUUACCAGAUGUUGAUCCAGCUGCAGAGAUCUAAUCUUGCAUUAUUACUUAACCUGGAGUCUUCAGCUGUAUGAGGUCUAUCUCUCAGGUGACCCUGCACCUCGGCGUGUAAACAGGGCUGUUCUAAACAUGAUAUAUUUUUGUUUGAAAGCUUCUUUGUGAGAGAAAGGUAUCAGAAUAGAGAGAAGAGAUUCAGAGUAAAACUAAAGACAUAUGUCGUCUGCCCCUCAGCUCUGAUGUUACGAAGAACAGCCUUUACACACCAGUACCUUUUUUAUUUUUUUAUUAUAUUUUCUUUAUUCAAGACUUAUGUACUGUCCACAAACAUCAGUGUGUUCACGCUGCAUUCAGGUUGUGUGUGAUGGAUGGCAGCACACUGUUUGUGUAUGUGAUGAUAGUGUUCAUCUCAACACAAAGCUGUGAUGACAAUUACGGCAGGAUGCUGCUUGACCACAGACUGUUGAUCUGUUCAGAGUAAAAAAAGGGCCUGAGAUUAUCAUCAGCUGUUGUUGAUCAGUCAAUGUUUGUGAAGUUUUAGAAAUAAAAAUAAACUGCUUCA